AGCGGACAGAGCAGAGAGCUCAAGCCUACCGGAGCCGUUUAAAGAUGGCAGAACGACAGCAGAAACACGAAGGCGGCCGAGUGAAGAUCGGACAUUAUCUUCUCGGCGACACUCUGGGCGUCGGCACCUUCGGCAAAGUAAAGAUUGGAGAGCACCAGUUGACAGGUCAUAAGGUGGCAGUGAAGAUCCUGAACAGACAGAAAAUCAGGAGUCUGGACGUGGUGGGCAAGAUCAAACGAGAAAUACAGAACCUCAAACUAUUCAGACACCCUCAUAUCAUCAAACUGUACCAGGUGAUCAGUACUCCUACAGAUUUCUUCAUGGUGAUGGAGUAUGUCUCAGGAGGAGAGCUGUUUGACUACAUCUGCAAACACGGACGGGUAGAAGACAAAGAGGCUCGUCGGUUGUUCCAACAGAUCAUCUCAGGGGUAGACUACUGCCACAGACACAUGGUGGUGCACAGAGACCUCAAACCUGAGAAUGUUCUGCUGGACCAUUCCAAGAACGCCAAGAUAGCUGACUUUGGGUUGUCAAACAUGAUGUCAGAUGGGGAGUUCCUGAGGACCAGCUGUGGAUCUCCCAACUACGCUGCUCCUGAAGUCAUCUCUGGAAGGUUAUAUGCUGGACCUGAAGUGGAUAUAUGGAGCUGUGGUGUGAUCCUGUAUGCGUUGCUGUGUGGGACUCUACCCUUUGAUGACGAACAUGUUCCCACGCUGUUUAAGAAGAUCAGAGGGGGCGUGUUCUAUAUGCCAGAAUACCUCACUCGGCCCGUCGCCUCCCUGCUGCUGCUCAUGCUGCAGGUCGACCCAUUGAAGAGAGCCACCAUUAAAGACAUUAGGGAACAUGAGUGGUUUAAGCAGGACCUGCCAGGCUACCUGUUUCCUGAGGACCUGUCUUAUGACUCCACGGUUCUGGACGAGGAGGCCGUCAGGGAGGUGUGCGACAAGUUUGAGAGCACCGAGUCUGAGGUGAUGUCCAGCCUGUACAGCGGAGACCCCCAGGACCAGCUGGCGGUAGCAUACCAUCUGAUUAUAGAUAACCGUCGUAUCAUGACCCAGGCCAGUGAGUUCUACCUGGCCUCCAGCCCUCCCCAGGGCUCCUUCAUGGAGGAUGGCAUGCCCCUGCCUCCCAGGGUCAAACCACACCCAGAGAGGAUGCCCCCCCUGCUGAUAGACAGCCCUAAGGCGCGCUGCCCGCUGGAUGCCCUCAACACCACCAGAGCCAAACCCCUGGCAGUGAAGAAAGCCAAGUGGCACCUGGGCAUCAGGAGUCAGAGCAGACCCUAUGACAUCAUGGCUGAGGUCUACAGGGCUAUGAGACAGCUACAGUAUGACUGGAAGGUGGUGAACCCGUACCACCUGCGUGUUCGGAGUAAGAACCCAGUAACAGACAACCUGGUGAAGAUGAGUCUCCAGCUAUACCAGGUGGACAACAGAUCCUACCUGCUGGACUUCAAGAGCAUCGAUGAUGACAUCAUGGAGGCAGUAGGGUUUAAGUCAGGUUCUUCCAUCCCUCAGAGGUCAGGCUCCACUGCAGGGCUCCAUAGACCCAGACUCAGUGUGGACUCAGCCUUACCUGCCGUGGAUCUCCCCCAGCUCAGCUCCUCCCUGCCUGGGUCGCUGUGCUCCAGUGCUGCCCUCAUUACCUCCACCCCGCGCCAGGGCAGCCACACCAUGGACUUCUUUGAGAUGUGUGCCAGUCUCAUCACCACACUGGCCCGCUAGAGAAGGUUAAUCCCGCUGGAUAACGUGAAGUCAGGAAAACUCCAGGUCCUACUUGCAUAACCUCUAAAACAGAACCCUGCCCUGAGCCUUGUAGUUAGACAGUUUGAUAUCAGUGUGAUCCUGGCCUAAGUUUAGUAGAGCACUGUUCACCUAACCACAUAUCUAGGGUCAGUUGUGUGUUGUUACCUCCCUAUGUUAUAGGUUUGGGCUGGGCAUGGGAAACUGAUUCUAGAUCUGUGGUUAGGCUUCCUGUCUGUCGAGAGCAAGUCUUGCCAUGGGAAAGGUUAGGGGUUAGAGAUCAAACUUGCUGGGGCAGGGUCACGUUAGGUCAAAUCUACUUUAUCCCAUAGACUGUAUAAAGAUGGGCAGCUCCUCCCACAUUACUCUCAACCUCCAAUCAGCUGCAGAAUAGCCAUCACCAUAACAGAAUUGCAAACAAUUUUAUGCAUCCGGUUUUCAGGGAUACAGUUAAUUCAACUUAGCUUUCUUUUCCGCUGAAAACCGGUUGUGUGAACUCCGCUAAGACGUUUUUCUUUUAUGCCUACUAUGUUAGGUUACGCAUUACAUUUAUUUGAAAUGUUUUUUUAUAAUGACACAGAUUGUGACCCAUAUCAUAUUUAUAUUAAUAUCAUUUUGAGUAGAUGUUGAUUGAAUGACAUACCAAAACAAAUUGUUUCUAUAUACAAAGAGGAAUGUUAUUAUUUUUAGAGAUAGUUUUAAAGGCUGUGUGUGGUUACUGAUUAUUGAAGCACUGCUGAUGUUUGAAGAGAUUUUAGGUGAUGAGGUCAUAGAGAGAGGAGGCUAGCUGACUGGCAAUAUUGUUCUGUGGAUUAGUUGGCAUUGAUGCUAACGUGGCUACCAGACGGACGACGAGGAGGAGGGAGGGAGGGAGGGAAGUGUGUCUGUAACGAGCCUCAGAGGACUCUACGGCACGGAACCUUUCUCUAGGUGCCUUAACACAAAUGUUGCUUCUAGCUUGGUGGCAAUGUUUUGUUUGUAGAAACAGAAUGGAAACCAUACGUGUGUGUAAAGGAGUGACAGACCGGAGCUUGCCAUUGAUUGGUCAGGAGGAGAAGACAUACUGUAGUUUGUCAAUAGUUAGUCAGCAGCAUACUACCCUGCAUACCACUGCUGGCUUGCUUCUGAAGCUAAGCAGGGUUGGUCCUGGUCAGUCCCUGGAUGGGAGACCAGAUGCUGCUGGAAGUGGUGUUGUAGGGCCAGUAGUAGGCACUCUUUCCUCUGGUCUAAAAAAAUAAAUAUCCCAAUUGGGCACACUACCAUGUGUAGGGUGCCGUCUUUCGGAGGUGAAGUUAAACGGGUGUCCUGAUUUGAGGUCAUUAAAGAUCCCAUGGCACUUAUCGUAAGAGUGUUAACCCCGGUGUCCUGGCUAAAUUCCCAAUCUGGCCCUUAAACCAUCACGGUCACCUAAUCAUCCCCAGCUUACAAUUGGCUCAUUCAUCCCCCUCUCCCCUGUAACUAUUCCCCAGGUCGUUGCUGCAAAUGAGAAUGUGUUCAGUCAACUUACCUGGUAAAAUAAUGGAUAAAUAGAGAUUUGAGAUCUGACUAAUAACUAUAGGUAGAGCGAUAAUAGAUAUGCGAGACCACUGACUGAUUAGAAGUUGUAUAAAAUUAUUGGGGCGGCAGCGUAGCCUAGUGGUUAGAGCGUUGGACUAGUAACCGGAAGGUUGCGAGUUCAAACCCCCGAGCUGACAAGGUACAAAUCUGUCGUUCUGCCCCUGAACAGGCAGUUAACCCACUGUUCCCAGGCCGUCAUUGAAAAUAAGAAUGUGUUCUUAACUGACUUGCCUGGUUAAAUAAAGGUAAAAUAAAUAAAUUGCAUAUAUAGCUCUCUGGUCUUUAUUUAUGCAAUACGCAUGAGGUGUGGUAUAUGGCCAAAGGACUGUUCUUAAGCACGAUGCAGCGCAGAGUGCCUGGAUACAGCCCUUAGCUGUGGUAUAUUGGCCAUAUACCACAAACCCCCGAGGCGCCUUUUUGCUAGUAUAAACUGGUUACCAAUGUAACUAGAGCAGUAAAAAUACUUGUUAUCAUACCCAUGAUAUACAGUCUGAUAUAACAUGUCAGCCAAUCAGCAUUCAGGGCUCAAACCACCCAGUUUAUAAAAUGGAACAAAACUCCCUUUGCUAUUUGCCCGGUGGUUUACAGUCUUCGAUCUGUCGGUCUUGUUCGAGCCAGUGAGGACUGGGCUCUGGCUGAUCUGAUUCAUGCUAGUGUGUGUUUGUUGUGUUUUGAGCCACAGAGAAAAGAUACUAAACCUCUCUUCUAUCCUAAGUAGCAGUGAAUGCAGUCUGUUUUCUCUCUGUAUGAGACUAUACAUUCAAUACGGAACCCAGACCUAUCUAUAUUAGAUAGAGCAGUGUUUCCCAAACUCGGUCCUGGGGACCCAAAAGGGAGGCUGUGUAGUGCUAAGGCAAAAAACUAAACGCGCACCCAAUAGAGGAAACACUGCUAUAGAGAGAUGUCACUACAAAGCCUGGUUUGAUCCCGGGCUGUAUCCCACAACUGGCUGUGAUCAGGAGUCCCAUAGGGCGGUGCACAAUUGGCCCAGCGUCAUUCGGGGUAGGCUGUCAUUGUAAAAUAAUAAAUUGUUCUUAACCGACUUGCCUAGUUAAAUAAAGACUAGUCACUACAGGGCCAGGGAGAAACUCUGCUCCCUGCUGCAAGACUCAUGCAAUUACCCACA